UAUUUUCAAAUAUUUUUUGUUCUAAUGUUGGUCAACUGUAAACUUCCGGCUUUAUUCACGAUGGCUUGAGACACAUGCGCACUAACCUUUUCCGGUGUAAAGUCUUUUUCUGUAAUACGUACAUCGAACAAGAUGACCGAGGGAACCGCUACUAUUAGAACCAGAAAAUUUAUGACCAAUCGGCUAUUAUGCCGAAAACAAAUGGUCGUUGAUGUUUUACACCCGGGACAACCGUCGGUGCGUAAAACUGAAAUUCGAGAAAAACUCGCAAAAAUGUACAAAGUCACACCCGAUGUCGUUUUUGUAUUUGGUUUCCAAACAAAUUUUGGAGGCGGUAAAUCAACUGGUUUCGCACUUCUUUACGAUACAUUGGAUUUUGCCAAGAAAUUCGAACCUAAAUAUAGGUUAGCAAGGCAUGGACUCUUUGAGAAACAGAAGCAAACCAGGAAACAGAGGAAGGAACGUAAGAACAGAAUGAAGAAGGUCCGGGGUACGAAAAAGAGUAAAGUUGGUGCCGCUGCUAAAAAGGGGAAGAAGUAGACAAAUGCUCAUCAUUUGCGCUACAUCUCAAGAUGGAAUGGUCGCAUUAUAUUUAUAUUAAACGUGGUCAGCAUGUCAUCGUAAUCUUAAGCUUUCUCAAUAUCUUUGAUAGCUUUUUAAUAAACAUCAUUUCAUCUUUUAACAUCA